UGUUUUUUUUUUUUUUUUUUUUUUAAUCCAAUGGGGGGAGCGGACGGCGUGGGCACCAAGGAGAGCCAGACGCCGACAACUGAGUGAAAAAAAAAGGGGCAAACCUUCUGGAGCCGCCAUGUACUACUACUACAACUACUACUACUACUACUACUUGUACUACUAGUACUAGUACUGGUGACAGACGGCAGUUGAAGAGCAGAGAGCAAACAGUGACAAACAUGAGCGGUGGAGAAAUCAUCUUCCAAGGCUGGCUGAGAAAGUCCCCACCAGAGAAGAAACUGAGGAGAUAUGCCUGGAAGAAGCGCUGGUUUAUACUUCGCAGCGGCCGCAUGAGUGGUGACCCCGAUGUUCUGGAGUAUUACAAGAACGACCACUCGAAGAAGCCCAUCCGGGUCAUCGACCUGCACUGCUGCGAGCAGGUCGACGCCGGCCUGACCUUUAAGAGGAAGGAGUUCCAGGACAGCUUCGUGUUUGACAUCAAGACCUCGGAUCGCACCUUUUAUCUGGUGGCUGAAACCGAGGAGGAGAUGAACAAGUGGGUCCGCUCCAUCUGUCAGCUCUGUGGGUUCAACCAGUCGGACGACAACCACGAUGGCAGGUUGCACCAUAUGCCACGUUCUGUCGGAGCAGAUGCCUCGGGCCCCCUGGCUCCUCUGACAGGAGAUCGCAAAUCGUCCGUCCCCAUCCACUCCAGCCAGCCGGUGCUGUUCACCUUUGAUGUGCCUGUUCGCCAUACGCACCACGGCUCCCUGUCCAACAGCGCGCCCCAGGACUACCUCCUCCUCCACCAGUGUAUGAGCAGGAAGACAGAGAGUGCACGAAGUGCCAGUUUUUCUCAGACCACACGGAGCAAUCUGUUUGUAGGAAGCGACUCUGCUGUGCAAAAGCUCUCCCAUGGCUUCUCUCACUGUCUGAAUGGUAUGGGCGCUCAGCUGCAUGGUUUCUACAGCCUACCCAAACCGGGGAAGCACCAGUUACCGGCGCAUGAUGACUCCCCCCAGGAGGCAUGUUACGUCCUUCCACGGGGUUACAGCUCCGAGGCACCGGCUCACAGUGGCCUCAGCGAGCCGGAGCUGGAGAACGAGGAAGUGUACACCUUCCAGACGCCGUGCAACACCCUCGCCACCAUGCACAGCAACGAGCGCCCAACUGACAAUUAUGACCUUCCUACGCCCCCCGGAUCCUUCUAUCAGAUCCCUCGGACGUUUGAUAAGAAUCACAAUGCCUUAACGCCUUCCAGCUCCGAGUCGUCCUGUGCUCCUCCUCCCAGGCCGCCCAAACCCAGCCAUGGGUCUGAAGGUCAGUGGGGGAGUCCUCAGUCUGUGGGGAGCCAGAACGGAGAGGUGACGUCCACGGUGUCGGUCAUCCCACGCAGGAAUACACUCCCCGCUGUAGAGAACAUCCGUCUUCAUAGAGGAUCUUCCUUCGAAACUAACAGCCAUCACCGUCCGAUCCAUUUCAACAGCUCAGGCCAGUCGGUGGAGUCGGUCAACGAUGGCUUCAGCUCCUACCUUAGACCAAAAGCCCCCCUGACUCGCUCCGACAGCGGCAACUCAGAUGACAACUAUGUCCCCAUGAAUCCUGGCUCCUCGCCGCUCAGCGCUGCCCAGGCUGACAGUCCUAAGAAUAUUUACAUUCCUAUGAGCCCUGGGCCGCAUCACUUUGAUUUCCCAGGAUUCUCUGCAACGUUACCUGCCCGUAAGGGUAGCAGCGCCUCCUUGUGUCACCGACCCAGUCGUCUCAGUGAUGUCACACCGCCUCCCAUCAACCGCAACCUCAAACCCAACAGAAAAUCGAAGCCAACACCUCUUGAUUUGAAGAACAAUGGAAUCAUUGAUGAGCUGCCAUUUAAGAGCCCAGUCACCAUGUCCUGGACACGGCCCAUGUCCGCCAUGAACUCCAUGUCCUCCCAGCACUGUCGACCCAUCUCCACCCAAAGUAUCACCAGCACUGACUCUGCAGACAGUGAGGAGAAUUAUGUGGCUAUGCAGAACCCAGCGUCUACCUCCCCAGCUGUGAGCGGCACCAGCAGCCCCGCCCCCAGGAAGUGCGGCAACGUGGACUAUCUAGCGCUAGACUUCCAGCCCGGGUCGCCCAGCCCACACAGAAAACCGUCUACAUCCUCCGUGACCUCUGAUGAGAAGGUGGACUACGUUCAGGUGGAUAAAGAGAGGACCCAGGCACUGCAGAGCACAAUGCAGGAGUGGACCGAUGUGCGACAGUCUACUGAACCUGCUAAGGGGGUCAAGUCCUGACACUGAUGUGUUGAGAAAAUAACAAACCGUAAAUCUAGCAACUCUGGCUUCAUGUUCCUGUCACGACCAUGAACCCUGGUUGGCUUGUUGAAUUAGUUCAAAGGACCAGUUUGUAUGAUUUUCUCAUGCUUGUGCGCUUACGUAAAGUUUGGACUGAGCUGGGAACUCCAUUUCUAAGCUAACAGUAAGGGACUAAACCAUCAGGCAUCAGUAUAAUUUACAACCUUCUUCAGUCGUUCAGUACAAAAAUUUCAACUUCCAAAAAACUAUGAUAGAAACUUAACAGAUUAAUAAUUUUUCCCCUCUAAACAACUUCAGCCCUGCUCCAAUCUGCCAAACGUUCAGUCAUUGUAAUGAUUUUAACCCUUUAAACACCAAUUUGAUUACAUGAAAUCACUGUUGUUUAUCAAAAAAUACACCAAAAAAGGAAUUUUACAAUUUACAUAUAACAAAUGUUGAGGGGGCGUUUUUUUUUUUUUUUUUUUUUUACAGUAAAGUCAUUAAAGUAUGUUAAAGUGUAAUACCACUGAUAACCACUAGUUGCUGGUUUCA